AUGGGAAAACGAUCCUGUGGUGCCUCGGUCGUGUGGACACUGGGGCCAAUGGAAAAGUUCGAUAUGUGCUACGAUAAUGACGUUCCGACGCACAUCGAGAAAGUUCUGGCGAACGAGACGGCCCAAAUUAAAUGUGACGUAUCGUCCAACCUAACCAACGACCGCAUCCUACUGGUGGUUUGGUACAAGGAUAACGUUCCCAUCUACAGCUUUGACACACGUGGUCCACACGUCAAUUCACCUUCGCACUGGAAGGAUGUCGCCAUCCUGGAGGAUCGUGCCAACUUCAAGACGACACGAGAGCAGAGCCGGGCGGUGCUGGUCAUCAGUCCUGUUCAGAAAAAAGACGCCGGAAUCUUUCGAUGUCGUGUAGAUUUUUUGCUAUCACCUACUAAAAACAGUAAUGUAAAUCUAGAAAUAGUGGUACCACCCGACGUACCGAAAAUCCAUAACGAAGCAGGAGUGGUGCUUCCAUCCCACGCCGGACCCUACGAGGAGGGUGGCGAUCUGGUGCUGAUAUGUGUCGUCACUGGAGGAAUUCCAACGCCAAAGAUUACCUGGUCCAGCAAUGGCAAGACGCUGCCGAGCGCGAUGAUCGAUUAUGCGCACGAGUCCACGCUCAGCAGCCGGCUCGUGGUGAGGAAUCUGUCCCGGGCCCAUCAGCACAGCGUCUACAGCUGCCAGGCGAGCAAUUUCUACCGGAAAAACGUCACCGCCAACGUGACGAUAGAACUGCGAUUGCGACCUCUGGCGGUGGAAAUCGUUAACGGGAGUGGACCACUGUCCGCCGACCGACGCUACAUCGUGCAGUGUCAGUCGGUGGGAUCCCGACCGCCUGCCAAGAUAACCUGGUGGAUGGGUGGCGUGCAGUUAACAGCUACGAACCAAACGACGUCCGAGGAUGGCAAUAGCACGCUGGCAUCCCUCAGCUUUACACCAACACGCGAGGACCACGGGAAAACGUUAACGUGUCGAGCUACCAACGAGCUGGUGAAACGGGGGACCAAGGAGACAGCGAUGAAAUUAAACGUCUUCUAUCUGCCCAUCCUGAAGCUCGAGCUCGGCACCAACAUGAACCCGGAGGACAUCGAGGAAGGCGACGACGUGUACUUUGAAUGUAAAGUGAAUGCAAAUCCGUCUGCAUACAAAGUGGUCUGGAAGCAUAACGAUCAAGUCGUACAGCACAACUCCAAGUCGGGCGUCAUCAUGAGCAGUACCGCACUGGCGCUGCAGGUGGUGACGCGACAUCAGGCCGGAAACUACACCUGCAUUGCAUCGAACGUGGAGGGCGACGGCGAGAGCAAUACGGUGGAUCUCAAAGUUAUGUACAAACCAAUCUGCCGUCCAGAUCAGAAGAAAAUCUACGGUGUCGCACGGAACGAGGCCGCGGAAAUCCUCUGCCAGGUCGACGCCUACCCGCCGCCCGAGUCGUUCAAGUGGUCGUUCAACAACACCGCCGAAACGAUCGAUAUGCCGCAGAGUGGAUACCGUGUCCACGCCGGCCAAGCCUCGUCACUGACCUACACUCCAGUCAAGGAACUUGACUACGGUACCAUCAUGUGCUGGGCGGACAACGUGGUCGGGCAGCAGAAGGAGCCGUGCGUGUUUCAUCUGAUUGCGGCCGGCAAACCCGAGAUGCCGUACAACUGUUCGCUCGUCAACCAGACGUCCGAGUCGCUCGAGGUGGACUGCGCCGAAGGCUUCGACGGUGGCCAACGGCAGUGGUUUGUGAUGGAAAUCUUCGACCAGCAAACGCACGCCCUGCUCGCGAACGUGUCGUCCAAAAUCCCGAUCUUCACCGUGAAUGGGCUCGACUCCGGGCUGCUGCUGAAAAUCGUCAUCUACGCCACGAACAUGCGAGGCCGCAGCGAGCCUAUCCUGCUGCAGGCGUACACGCUCAAGGCGGCCGAAAAGCAGACAGGUACGCAUGCGGACUUCGAGCUGACGCCGAUCGUAUCGAUUGGCAUCUUCAUCGGCAUCCUGACGGUGAUAAUCUGCAUCAUCAUCGCGAUCGCGGCCGCGUUCAAGCUCCGGUCGACGCAGGCCAAGCAGCUCACCAGCACCGGCGGAAAGGGGGGCGGGCUCGGCAAGCGGCCCGGUAAUCUGCCGAUUAAGGAGAAAAUCUCAUUACCGCUCAGCCAGUCGGAGGACAUGUACGACGAGAAGAACCCGGACGUGGUUCCGUCGAACGAGGAUCCUGAUUACAAAUUAAUAUCAGCAAAUCAGACUCCCACGGCGCUGCAUAAUUCAUUAUGCAACAGCAAACAUGACAUUAUCGGCAGGACGAUACUAGACGAUAGCCGGAAAACGUACCUAACCGGGUCAGCUAAUGAAGUUCACUACGCCGAGCUGGCCCUAGCCAUUCCACACGAUGACAAUAGCGGUAAGAACCAUCUGAACAACCACCUCAACAAGCUGCCCCCGCCGCCAGCCUACAACUACUUCGACGAGCCGACGAUCUACGCCCAGAUAGACCACGGCGGUAGCUACAAGCCGACAACCGGCGGUCCUCCCGGCGCGCCCGGUGGUCCCUCGGCGACCGUCAGCUCCUUCCCGCUCAUCUCGCCGGUGUCGCAGCAUUCGCACCUGCCGCACCAUCCCCACCCGCACCCGGGCAGUGGUCACUCCCCACUGACGCUUCCCUUGACGCAGCCGGACGGCACGGCAGCGGCGGCGGCGGCGGCGCACCAACAACACCAACACCACCAGCAACAUCACCACGUGCAGCCACCUCCCGCGCAGCAUACGCCUCACUCGCCAACGACGGCCUCGCUGCUGCAGCUCGCGCAGCCCCUGCAGCCGCCGCAGCACUCGCCCCUGCAGCUUCCGUCGCCCUCGUUGCAGCCCGGAAGCAACGGCAGUAAGCAGUAUCUGCGCGAGAUCGUCACCGUGCGGACGCCGCUCGCGUUUUCCCAGCAGGAAAGCUGCGUCUAA